UAAAAAUUAUCCAUACAAUUCAUAAAUGAUAAUGAUGAUUAAAAUGAAUUGUAAAAGAUUUUGGUUAAAAUUUUUUUGGUUUUUAAUUCGUUUUUUAAUAUAUGGUGGUUUAAUUGUAUGGACAAUAUACUGUAUGGUAAUGGUUAAAUUAAGAUCAAAUUUAUUCAUUGUUCAUAUGGAUCAUUUUGAUGCAAAUGAAGCUGAUUUUCCUGCAAUAACAAUCUGUGCACCAUCAAUUUUAACACCAGAAACUAUUGCAUAUUAUGAUGAAAAUUUUGCAAAUUUUCUUGAAAAAUAUGAAAAUGGUGUUUGA